AUGGUGAAUAAUGUGAACCAGGUUUUGUCGGUUUUCAAUGAUGUAUCGGGUAGUGAGUACCCUACUGCAAAUCUGUAUUUACCUGAGGUUUGGAGGAUGAAAGAAGUUUUGAUGAUCAAGUGUAAUGAUAGGAAUGAGUACAUGAGGUCAAUGGCAAUUAAGAUGAUUGACAAAUUUGAUAAGUAUUGGGGUGAUAGCAAUUUGUUGAUGUCCAUAGCUGCUGUCUUGGAUCCAAGAUACAAGAUGAAGUUGAUCAAUUUCUGUUUUCCUAUCAUUUAUCCUUUGACCGAAGCUGGUGAUCGCAUUAAGAAUGUGUUGGCAGUUCUGAAAGAGUUAUUUGAGUCAUAUGUUUCUGCUCAUAUGGCUUGUAUAUUGCAAGAAACUGCCCAAGUAAAUGUUUCUUCUUGUCCUUCCUCAAGUGCAAUUGUUAGAGAUGUGGUGCCCAAAAUUUUCAAAGGUCGAUCAAGGUUUGCUGACCAUAUAAGUAGUGACAUCAUCCGGCCCAUUAAAACAGAUUUCGAUAUUUAUCUUGAAGAGCAUGUCUACAUUUGUGGUAAGAAUGAGAAUGGAGUAUAUAUGGAAACAGAUUUUGAUGCUUUAGCAUGGUGGAAAUGCAAUGCCUUGAAGUACCGUAUCUUGUCUAGAAUGGCAAAUGAUAUCUUAGUUGUUCCCAUAAGUACAGUUGCUUCUGAAUCCUCCUUCAGUGCUAGUGGUAGGGUUAUUGAACCCCAUAGAGCAUCAUUAUCCCCUGAAACUGUUCAGAUGCUCUUAUGUGAUUCAGAUUGGGUGAGAGCACUUCAUGGCAUGAAAAGAAAAUCUGCUAGUGAAAAAUUGGUUGAAGUGGAGUUGCCUACAACUACAACUACAACUACCUGA